CCUUUUUUUGUUUCCUAUACAAGGACACGGACAGCGGGUCCCCUAGCAGCAAGUCAAGCAGGUGGACCAACUUCUGGAACAGUUUUUCUUUUGGCAGUCUUGGAGGACAGUCAUCUGCUCCGGCAAGAGAUGAGCCGAAACCAGAGCCGUGGCGUGAAGAUGAAUUUAGUGAUGAAGCUUACAUGAAACUUCAAGAAGAAAUACAAAACCACCAACCACACCCUAAGGCUUCCACAACUAAUAUUCUUAUUACGGGCAAUGUGGGUUCCGGAAAGUCAAGCUUUCUAAAUUCUGUGCUCUCAGAACUCAGGAGAGAAGAACUCAACGGCAGAAUGCAAAACAUUGAAGCCGUGAGACCAGGUGCACAAACAAGCGUCACACAACAUCUAAGAUGCCACAAAUUCACUGAGAAGAUCAAAAUCUUUGAUACAGCAGGAUUUGAAUUGGAGAAAACAGUAAAUGCCACAAUAAUAUUAAAGAAGAUCAUAGAUGGUGAAGUGGCUGAAGACACAAAGUUUGACGAUAUUCUGAAAACAAAAAGCUCAAUGGAAGGAGACAAAAUCCACUGUGUUGUGUUGGUUAUAUCAAUUCACAACGCUGAAAAUCUGGCCUUGAUUCAGUUUUAUGAACAAUUCAUUGGAAUGCUCACAGUGACUGGAGUACCAUGCCAGCUGCUUGUUACAUUCGUUGAUGAACUUUUUGAGAAGACUGAGGAUUUGAAAAGUCUGUACAGGAGAAGAGAUAUAAAACAAAAGAUUGAAAUGUUAGCAAAGGAGAUGAGAAUUUCAAUGUGCAAUGUCCUUGUGGUUUCAAACUACUUCGAGGGGGAGAAAAUUAACCAAAUAAAAGGAACUCUGCUGUUGGAGGCGUUUGCUCAAAUGCUGACGGCUGCAAAACCCUUUCAAGAGAGAAUGUAGAGUAUCACCUGUCACACCUGAAGCACGCUGAGGCCAUUACUCAAUUGGUUAAUUGAUUGCUAAUCGGAGAAUAGUCACUUGGUAUAUAGGGAAGUUGAUUCCUUUGUUUGGAGAGAGCCUCGGAGCAGCAGGAGGCUGGUGUCCCAGAUACAAGAAGUAUCACCCAGUCAGCGCUAUCACAGAGUUGCUUUUUGUAUUUAUGAAAAUUCAAAUCAUACUCUUUGUACACUUUGUUAAAUCCAUUUCUAAGCUGUCAGCUUUGCAUAAACAGAAGAAAUGUCAAUAAGCAGCUCUGAAUUAUUCAGCAUGUAAUCUACUGUUUAAUCUAUCCUUUUAUGAACAAAAUUAUUUAAAAUACUCUACUUGAGUACUCUUGUUUAAAUCUAGUUCUAACGUCAAUUAAUGAUCUUUGAAUUAAUCAGCAAUAACCUUUGCUGAACCUUACAGCUUACAGAUACUCUGCAAUAAUGUAAAAGACUGGGGAAAAUGAAGAAUGUAAAUCACAGGUGAGCAUGAGUCUUAGUUUUCAUAACAUCAUAAAUGAAAUGGGAAUGAUGUUUUUUUGAAAUAAAUAAAUAAAAUAUG